AUGUAUACGGUGGAGUGGCAAAAACGUGGGCUGCCACAUAUACAUUUGCUUUUGUGGCUGACAAAUAAAAUCAGGCCCGACCAAAUUGACACAGUUAUAACGGCAGAAUUACCAGACCAAGACGAAGACCCAACAUUGUAUGACAUCGUGGUAAGGAACAUGAUUCACGGACCCUGUGGAGCUUUAAACCCUAACUCGCCAUGCAUGCAUGAGGGAAAAUAUUCAAAAAAAUUCCCAAAACCAUAUCAGAGUCAAACUUCAGCUGGUGAUGAUGGCUAUCCAAAGUAUAGAAGAUUAUCACCAGAGGAAGGAGGACGCAAGGCUGCUAUUCGUAAUUACGAAAUUGAUAACAGAUGGGUAGUGCCUUACAAUAAACUAUUAUUAAAAAUUUUCGAGGCGCAUGUUAAUGUAGAACUUUGCAGUUCCGUGAAAUCAAUAAAAUAUGUCACUAAAUACAUCAAUAAAGGAAGUGACCAGGCUACGUUUAGUUUACAUUCUACAAAUGAAGUAGAACAAUUUCAAUCUGGCCGCUACAUUUGUAGUUCUGAAGCACUAUGGCGGAUUAUGUCCUUCAAUAUUCAUGAAAGAGCACCAACUGUCACACACCUCGCUGUUCAUUUAGAAAACGGACAGCGGGUGUAUUUCACUGAAAAUAAUGUAAAUGACAUUGUGAAUAAUCCAAGAGAUACUACUUUAACAGCGUUUUUCAAACUAUGUGCAGAGGACGACUUCGCAAAAACUCUGACCUACGACAAGGUGCCUGCCUAUUAUACCUGGAAUCAAAAUACGAAAAAAUUCCAACGACGAAAGCAGGGGGCGGUAGUUCUCGGGUACCCUGGCGUGAGAAAAACAGAUGCUCUUGGAAGGGUGUACGUGGUACACCCUAAUAAUGCAGAAUGUUUUCAUUUGCGGUUGUUACUCCACGUUAUAAAAGGCCCUACUUCGUUUAGAAGUCUCCGCACUUUUGAAGGUGUAACUUACGACACAUUCCAAGGGGCUUGCAAAGCUAUGGGCCUCCUCGAAGAUGACAGUCACUGGGAGAGUACGCUCUCUGAAGCAGCCAUAUGCUGUUCAACAAAAUCACUUAGGUGCCUUUUUGCCAUUAUGAUAUCGUUCUGCCAAAUCACGGACCCGCAUCUUCUUUGGCAAAACUAUCAGGAAAGUAUGUCCGAAGAUAUACUGCAACGCAGACGACAAGAACUGUCAUCAGAUGAUUUAGAGUACGACCAAAAUAUUUUUGAUGAAGCUUUAAAUGAAUUAAAUAAAGAGGUCGAAUCUCUAUCAGGUAAAAGUAUAAAAGAUUUUGGUUUUAACUUGCCGUUAAAUUCAAAUCUUUAUGCAAUGAACAACAUCGAGGAUUUACGAGAGACUGACUAUGAUUGCACCCAACUCUUACAGACAAUUCAAGAUGAACAUCGCUUAAAUCCAGAACAAAAAAUUGUUUACGACCAAAUAUUGUCAUCAGUUAAUAGUAAUGAAGGGAAAAUGUUCUUUCUAGAUGCACCCGGGGGCACGGGUAAAACAUUUAUAAUUAAUUUAUUAUUAGCAAAAGUAAGGUCUGACAGAAAAAUUGCUCUUGCCGUGGCGUCGUCCGGUAUUGCAGCCACACUUUUGAAAGGCGGGCGAACUGCACAUUCCACUUUCAAACUACCUUUAAAAAUUUGCAGUGACGACGUCUCUAGCGUUUGUAACAUCUCAAAACAGAGUAAAACAGGUAAUGGUGCAUUUCAAUCCGGAAAUGUUAAAAUCAAUCUUAGUAACCUAUGUGCUUUGGUUCAAAAUGUGGAAGAAUUGGUUGAGACCGUAUAUCCCGAUAUUACUAAUAUAACUACAAAGACUUUAUGUUGGUUUAAGGAAAGGGCUAUAUUGGCACCUACUAAUGAACAGGUUGAUAAAAUUAAUCAUUUAAUUAUUUCCAAGUUUGAAGCACCAUCACAGAUAUACUAUUCAGUUGAUACAGUUUUGGAUACCGCAGAGGCAGUACAUUAUCCAACUGAAUUUUUGAAUUCUUUAGUUCCUCCCGGAAUUCCUCCACACAAGUUAAUAUUAAAAGUGGGUUCACCAGUGAUAUUACUUAGAAAUUUAAAUCCCCCAAAAUUGUGUAAUGGCACGAGACUCAAAAUAGUUAAAUUAAAAAACUUUCUAAUCGAAUGCACUAUUUUAACUGGCUGUGGUACUGGUGAUACUGUUUUAAUUCCCAGAAUACCGAUGAUUCCCUCCGAAUUACCCUUCCAAUUCAAAAGACUGCAAUUUCCAAUCAAAUUAGCCUUUGGUAUUACUAUUAAUAAGGCACAAGGCCAAACUUUAAAAGUUGCAGGAAUAGAUUUAACUGAUCAAUGUUUUUCUCACGGCCAGUUAUAUGUUGCCCUUUCAAGGGUGACAUGUAAAAAUAAUCUGUUUGUGUUUACUAACAAUCCGUCAGAAGUAAUGGACGUUGUGUAUAAGGAAAUAUUUCAAUAG